AUGUCUUCAGUAUACCUGACUCAGUUUAGUACUGAUGAUAAGAAAAUACCAGUCACUGAUUUAGAAGAUGUGGUUGAAGAAUCAUCGUCUUCAGACCAUCCAGUGGAACCCCCACAUCUGGAGCAUCUUAAUAGAAGUUUAUCUACUAGAACAAUUAAUAUGAUCACAAUUGCAGGUAUCAUCGGUACCGGUUUAUUUUUAAGUCUGGGACGUAUGUUAAAAACCGCUGGUCCAUUGGGUUUGUUAUUGAAUUAUUUGAUCAUUGGGAUCUUGAUCUUUUUCAUGAUGUUAUGUCUUGGUGAAAUGUCUGUACAAUAUCCCGUAUCAGGUUCAUUUUCAGUGUAUGCCAAAAGAUUUGGUUCAGACUCGCUUGCAUUUGCAGUUUUGGUGAACUACUGGCUUAAUGAUUGUGUCAGUGUUGCUGCAGAUUUGACUGCUUUACAAUUGGUUUUCCAAUAUUGGACUGACUUCCACUGGUAUGUUAUCUCGAUCAUAUUUUGGGUCUUUCUCCUUUUCUUGAAUGUUUUGCAUGUCAGAAUCUAUGCUGAAGCAGAGUAUGGACUUGCGUUGCUUAAAGUUAUCACAAUUGUGAUAUUCUUCAUUGUUAGUAUUGUCUGUAAUGCUGGUAAGAACCCUCUUCAUGAGUACAUUGGUUUCCGUUAUUGGAGUUAUGGAGAUGCUCCAUUUGUAAAUAAUUUCAGAGGGUUUUCAUCUGUUUUUGUGUCUGCAGCUUAUGCUUAUGGAGGGGUGGAAUCUAUUACGCUUACAGCUGGUGAAACCAAGAAUCCUACUCGUGUGAUUCCUAGAACCAUCAAGAUGACUUUUUUCCGUAUCCUUAUUUUUUACAUUUUCACUGCUUUUUUCAUUGGUAUGAACAUUCCAUAUGAUUAUCCUAACUUGUCCACUAAAACCAUUGCCACUUCUCCAUUCACUAUUGUUUUCCAAAUGGUUGGCAGUCACGGUGCUGGCAAUUUCAUGAAUGCAGUCAUUAUGACUUCCAUUAUCUCAGCUGGAAACCAUGCUCUUUUUGCUGGUUCUCGUUUAGCAUACAAUUUGAGUUUACAUGGUUACAUACCAAAAGUGUUCUUACCACUUAACCGUUGGAAAGUACCAUAUGUUGCUGUUAUUGCCACAUGGUUACUUGGUGGAUUGUGUUUUGCAUCAGCAUUUGUAGGAUCUGGUGAAUUGUGGAAUUGGUUACAAGCAAUUGUUGGUUUGUCGAAUUUGAUUUCAUGGUGGGUCAUUGGUGUUGUAUCGCUUAGGUUUAGAAGAGGAUUGGAGAAGCAAGGUAGAACCCAUGAAUUAUUGAUGAAGAAUUGGAGUUACCCAUAUGGUCCUUGGUUUGUGGUGAUUUUCGGAAUGUUUAUUAUUCUUGUACAAGGCUGGUCAACGUUCUCACCAUUCAGUGCUCAUGAUUUCUUUCAAUCUUACCUUGAGUUGGGUGUUUUCCCUAUUUCUUUCUUAUUCUGGUGGUUAAUAGUUAAAAAGGGUAAAGAUAAGUUUGUCAUGCUGGAGGAAAUGGACUUUGAUACAGAUAGAUAUUUUGAAACAGAAGAAGAGAUAGAGGAGAAGAAGUAUCUGGAGUCAUUGAAAGGCUGGGCCAAGUUCAAGUACAGUUUUGCAGAAAAUUUCUUAUAA